AUGCUUGCCAUGGACACGGCUGUAGCCGUGCUACCUCGUCGGGCCAGUAAACAACCUCUUGCUGGACAGCUUGAAGUGGCCACGGAUGGUAGCACUCCUUGGCACGCGCAUGGGUUCUGGAGACAAAGGUCUACCUUCAGCAACGAGGAGCUGACGCCUCUGCAUGACGCGCCGUCUUCUCUUCAAGUUUCCGAGGCACGAAGUUAUGAAGGCCCCGAAGGCAUGGCUGUGGAGCUGACCUGCGGCACCAUGGUUAUCAGCAUCAAAUCGGCGACCUGGAAAAGUAGCACUGGCGCGUGUCCGGCCGAACGUGACUGCCUAGAUCAGAUGCGAAGGCUCUGUGACGGUUUCUUCUCUUGCCGAGUUGUGCCAGUGGGAAGCGACUCAGCGAGCGCUGAAGCCAGCGGGAUGCCUGCAGCCAAGUGCGGUGACGUCUGCAGCAUGAGCGCGCAGCCUCAUCGCAUUAUCACUGGCAAAUACGAAUGCGUUGUUAAAGGGGGGACCGACUCCUCGACGCUUCUUGAUGAGCACUCUGCGGGUGCAUCGACGACCUCUGGCGACGUAACAUGGGACGCGAUACAAGCUGGGGGUGCGGCACCAACAGCGAGCGAGAUGGGAGGCGCUGGCGGCAUUUCCGCGUUUAUCGCAACGCAAGCGUCUCAGGGACUAAACCUGAUCAGCUACACGGACACAGACUCUUCGGACAAACGAACAGCGAUCGAGAGCCUGGCUUCGCAGAAUCCGGGAACCGCGGGUCUUCUUCGAUUGAGCGCCGACCGAAAAGUAACCAAACUCUGGUUCACUCAAGGGGCGUUCGCAGCGCAGUUUGUCCCAGAAGGCACGAACCCGGCGGCGAUUGUAACAUUUGGCGUGCCGGCGUACGGCGGCCCCCCCCCCAACAACGUUCUAUCGUCAUGGGAGCAUGCAGAUUUCGCAUGCGGCGCUGCGGAUACGUUUGCGAUCAGCCAGGGCCUCACGCCUAGGCAUACAACUGCGCCGACGUCCCAGAUCAUCUGCACUAACACUGCAUCCGUAGCAUGCACAAACUUGGACGCUGUGAACACCGCCAUCCAGAAGAGUCGGCCGAAGACGGUCAUGCUCGAAGGCAUCGCGUGCCAUCGGGAAGGACGGGCGUUCGGGUUGCUGUUUGCCGACGGCACUGUCCUCGCGUUCGGCGAUGCCGACCGGGGCGGGACGAUGAGCGCAGAGGCACAGGGCGACCUCUCGAGCUUCGACGCCGCGCGCAAUCAACGCGUGAAGAAAAUUGUCGCCACACAAGGCGCCAUGGCUGUUUUGCUCCUCCGAGGUUCGGUGUACGCGUGGGGACUCGACCAGUUCGGCGGCACGCUUCCUUCCCCGGAGCCGACAGGCGUAGUCGAUCUUGUCGCCAACGACGUCGGCUUCGCCGCGUUGACUGGGGGCGGUUCUGUGGUCACCUGGGGGAAAGGCAUGGUAGCGCCGAGUCGGCUCUCUGGCGUCGAGAUCAAGAAAAUUGUUGGCGAGAAGACGUGCUUUGCGGCCUUCGAUGCCAAGGGUGGUGUUUACAUUUGGGGACUCGGAAGCAAUGAAGGCGCUUUCUGCAAUGAGGAAUUUGUCGGACAGAGACCAACAAUUUCGCAGAACUUCUCCGAUGUGAAGGCGAAACUCGUUGAGGGUAUUUCAGUUGUUCGUUUCAACGAGCAUGCGGCCAUGGCGGUGAAGAAGCCUCCUACAGCGGACGGGUCUUGGGAAAUUGUCACUUGGGGCACGGCAGCAAAAGGAGGUGACGUUCCCAGCUAUGUGCUGUCGGGAGGCCGUAGAGGCGUGAAAGUUGUUGGCGCGUCCAAGUCUGCGUUCGCAAUCGUCAGCACACAAGGCGACGUUUAUGCCUGGGGGGAUAAAGAAGGCGGAGGCGACGGAUGGAACCAAUCGUUUGUCUCUGGUCGUGCAUAUGGACUGGUGUCGAUGGCUCGGUCCUUCGUGGCGCUCCUCAACACCGGCGAGGCUUUCGCCUGGGGAGGAAACGGGCAGACCCUCAUGAGCUCAGCUCGCCGCCAAGACCUCGGCAGCGUUGUAGAGUCUGGCCUACUCCGCGGUCUUUACGUCGUGGACGGCGUUGGUGAAGGGGAAAUUUUCGUCGGCGUGAUCGGGGUUCCGUGUGUCCCCGGAGAGUGGGGAGCUUGGGGAAGCUGUAGGAGUGUCUGUGAAGGAAUUCGCCAGCGCACGAGGACCGUCGAACUGGAAGCGUGGGGAGGCACGUGCGACUCCCCUUUGACAGAAGCUGGGAGCUGUAAAGGGCCAAAGUACGGAACGGAUGAGUGUCCAAGCACAGAAACCGACGACAGCUCGUCGGAGACAGGCUUGUCUCUGGGAGUCAUUCUUGGUUGCGCCACUGCGAGUGUGGCGAUUCUUGGCGUCGUUGGUUUCAUGACACACAUGUGGUGUUCGGGCUCACGGGUUUGA